ACUACCUGCGGCUCUCGAAUCCACUCGUAACCUCAACCAAACGAAUCCACUGCAGCGUAAAUCUUGUUCAAUUCUCUGAUAUUCUUGAAAACCAUUUUUCUAAAUAUUCUAAAAACCCGUCAAAUCAAAUCGGGCUUAAACCCUGAAACCCAUCACCCUCGAAUCCAUUCCUUUCCAAUCCGUUAAUAGCAAAAACAUAGUAGACUUUAUUCGAAGUAAAAACUACCUGCGACUCUCGAAUCCACUUGUAAUCCUCAACCAAACCAAUCCAUUGUAGCGUAAAUCUUGUUCAAUUCUCUGACUCUGCCAAUGGCUUCCCAACAAGUUAAAGAAAGUCUGGGCACUCUGAACAAGGACUCCUUCGUUGCUCUCCUCACCAACCUCAUUGGAGAGUCCAAGUUCGUCCAAAACAACCCACCGGAUUUGAUCCCAGAAGAGGACAGAGUGGUAAAGCAUGUGCUAGAUGUUCUUCUUCCCUACAGCACCACUAAUGGAGGAGGACCCUUGCUUAUUAACCACGUGACGUAUUUUCCCGGUAGAGGAAAUCUUAUUGUGGAGUAUCCUGGAACCGAGCCCGGAAAGAUCUUGUCUUUUGUUGGCAUGCACAUGGAUGUUGUCACUGCUAAUCCUAACGAUUGGGAAUUUGAUCCUUUUACAUUGAGCAUUGAUGGGGAAAAACUUCGCGGCCGUGGCACUACUGAUUGUUUGGGACAUGUUGCCCUAGUGACUGAGCUAAUGAGGAGGUUGGGGGAGACCAAGCCGAAAUUGAAGUCGACUGUGGUGGCGGUCUUCAUAGCUAAUGAAGAGAAUUCUGCCAUAACAGGGGUGGGUGUGGAUGCACUCGUGAAAGAUGGGCUUCUCGAUAAGCUGAAGGGAGGUCCUCUUUACUGGAUUGACACAGCAGAUAAACAACCUUGCAUUGGUACUGGAGGUAUUAUACCUUGGAAACUUCAUGUGACUGGGAAGCUUUUUCACAGUGGUCUACCACAUAAGGCUAUAAAUCCUUUGGAGCUGACCAUGGAGGCUCUUAAAGAAAUCCAAACACGAUUUUACAGAGACUUUCCACCUCACCCAGAGGAGCAGGUCUAUGGAUUUGCAACACCAUCAACCAUGAAACCAACCCAAUGGAAUUAUCCAGGAGGUGGUAUCAAUCAAAUUCCUUUUGAGUGUACAGUAUCAGGAGAUGUCAGGUUGACUCCUUUCUACAAUGUAAAAGAUGUGACGGAGAAACUACAAGAAUAUGUGGAUGACAUAAACAAGAACAUAGAGAAGCUGGAUACAAGGGGACCAGUUUCAAAAUAUGCUCUACAUGAUGAAAACAUUAGAGGAAGCCUUACAUUAACUUUUGACGAGGCAAAUGCUGGAGUUGCUUGUAAUCUUGAUUCUAGGGGCUUUCAUGUGCUCUGCAAGGCAACUGAAGAGGCAGUUGGACAUGUAAAACCUUAUUCAAUCACUGGGAGUUUGCCACUCAUUCGAGAACUGCAAGAUGAAGGCUUUGAUGUUCAAACUGCAGGCUAUGGUUUAAUGGCAACAUACCAUGCCAAGAACGAGUAUUGUCUUCUAUCUGAUAUGGGUCAAGGUUACCAGGUUUUUGUCAGCAUCAUCUCCCAACUAGAAGAUUGACGCAAUGAAAUGAAAAUAGCCGGUGAUGUUACAACCAUAUUACAGCCCAUAAACAUGUUUUCUACAAACAUAAAAGAUCAGAUAUAUAACUGAUGAUGUGAAACCAAGUUUCCGGCUUAAUAAAAUUUUGGUUGUUAUUUAUGAUCUGCAAUUGUUAAUGUAGUUUGUCUUGAUCUUUUUCAACACAUUGAAACAGUGGAUUAA